GAACAUAUGUUGUUAUAUAAACAGCUGUCAAAAAAUUAAAAAGGUGUAAUUUCAGAAUUUUUCUUAAUCGAAAAAUUGAAAAUGGCAGCGAUUAUUAGAAGAAUAGGUUGCAGAGCAAUUGGCAAUUUAGCUUGCAAAAGUAUUGCUGCACCAUCUGCCGUUGCCAGUACACGGUUUUCUAGCUCUACCCCUGCUGCACCACCAGCGGUAGAAGACAAACCAACCUUCCGAAAGCCCAAUGAAGCGGCUCGCAUCGAUUUAAGCAACUUUGGUCGAUAUGUAGCUGAGUGCUUACCGAAAUAUGUGCAAAAAGUACAAUUAACUGCCGGUGAUGAGCUGGAAGUUUUAAUUGCACCUGAAGGUGUUGUUCCAGUCCUGCAGUUUCUGAAGGACAACCAUUUAGCACAAUUUAGCAAUUUGGUUGAUAUUGCUGGCAUGGAUGUACCUAGUAGACAAUAUCGUUUCGAGGUCAUCUACAAUCUAUUGUCGCUACGUUUCAAUUCUCGUAUACGCGUAAAGACAUAUACCGAUGAGUUGACACCCUUGGAUUCAUGCAAUGAAGUUUUCAAAGCAGCAAAUUGGUAUGAACGUGAAAUUUGGGAUAUGUAUGGUGUAUUCUUUGCGAAUCAUCCUGAUUUGAGACGCAUAUUAACUGAUUACGGUUUUGAGGGACAUCCACAGCGCCGAGAUUUUCCGUUGUCAGGUUACGUUGAGUUGCGUUAUGACGAUGAGAAAAAGCGUGUUGUCUGUGAGCCAUUAGAGCUGGCACAGGAAUUCCGUAAAUUCGAUUUGUCAGCACCAUGGGAACAAUUUCCGAAUUUCCGUAAUGCAAAUCCACCAGCAGAGACUGUUGAGACCAAGCAGGAGACAUCUAAAAAGUAAACUCUUAAUGAUGUAAUUUGAUGUUACUAAUUUCUUGCUGUGGGUUGAAGGAUUGAGUGUAUUGCAAAUUAAAAUAAGAUUUUAAAUGUUGCAUAAAGAAAAA